AUGGAUCAUCGCGAAUCAAAGAAGGCCCUAGGGGCUCUUGAGCUAUCCGCCGCGUUUUGUUCACUUAUGGACAACCUCGCCGGCGAGUGGGGUUUCGUGCUCGUCCGCACCGCUUAUGCGGCCGACGAGACAACAGAUGAGGAGCAGUGGUCCUCCGCGUUGGCCAAGAUACGCGCGCAUGCGUUAUGGCGCCCCGGACGUGGCGAUGCUGCGGCGUUGGAAUCCAAUGCUUUCGCACUUGCGGUCAUGUCGAACCGUUCUGCUCUGGCGGGAGCAAGCUAUGGCUCGGUGCGGACGUCCUUCGCUGCCUGGGCAAAGGAGUAUGCACGUUAUAGGCAGCGGGGGUCAGUUGACGAGGAGCGACGGGAAUCUGGGGUGCGGAUGGACUGCGUCUUGGUUGUAGACGAGGCCGCGUUGGCAUCUCUACUGCAAGCGCCCCAUGCGGCUCAGAUGCCCCAAAGAGGUGUUCGCGGCGCUGAACCUUUCGUCGUCGUCAUCGAUGCCGAGGAUCCUGCGUGUGCGCCCUACUGUGGAGGCGGCCCGUACAUGGGCUGGAUGCGAGCUUGUGUGACAUCUUUGUACAACUUGACCGAGGACCUCGAUGCUAUGGACUUGGCACAAGAGAUCUGUCCUACCAGGAGUUAUGAGGGACAGAUACCGUUGUAUGAUGGCUCGCCCAGGGGCGGGUUGGUUGACCCACCUGGUGGGCCGGAUGGGAGGUACAAGUUUCCCAUGGGCACACCGAGAGGGUCGCUGAGUGCUCAAGCCAUGCUUGACGAGAUACGUCGAGCUACCGGCGAUACGGCUACGGAUGUAUGA